AUGGGGGCGAAGAAAUCCCCAGGGCCUGAUGGCUUCACCGGCAUAUUCUACCAAACAUAUUGGGACGUGGUCUGUGAAAGUGUCACCCAAAUGGUGAAGCAAUUCUUCGAGACUGAGCAUCUUUUAACUCAGUUUAACCAUACUAAUAUUGUCCCGAUUCCUAAGAAUCCCAUGGCCGAGUCCGCGGAUCAGUUCAGGCCAAUUGGGCUAUGUAAUUUCGCAUACAAAGUAGUUUCUAAAACGUUAGCAAACAGAAUGAAGCCUCUAAUGGAUAGAGUAAUUUCGCCAAACCAGAGCGCUUUUGUCCCUAAAAGACAAAUCGCUGAUAAUGUGAUUCUUGCUCAUGAGCUUAUUCACACAAUAAAAAAGACAAAAAAGAAAGUUGGUUAUGCUACAGUGAAGCUGGACAUGUCCAAAGCGUACGAUAGAGUGGAAUGGUCCUUCUUGGCAAAGACAAUGGCUAAUUUGGGUUUCAAUCCGAAAUGGAUUAGACUCAUUUUGAAUUGUUUGAGUACCGUUUCUUAUUCUAUUCUCCUAAAUGGAAGUCUUAUUGGGAAAAUUCAACCUGAAAGAGGCUUAAGGCAGGGGGACCCAGUGUCCCCUUACCUUUACAUAAUUUGUGACGAGGCUCUUUCAUGCUAUAUUAAACAUUUAGAGGAGAAUCACCUGGUGCAUGGCAUAAAAUGUACCGGCUCUGCCCCUUCUAUCAGCCACAUUUUGUUUGAUGAUGAUAGUUUACUUUUCACUAAGGCCACAAUCCCUGAGUUUCAUGCUAUUAAAGAUUACCUGCAGAAGUACUGUAAAGCUAGUGGUCAAGAGAUUAACUUUAACAAACCAGUGGAGAAUAGGGUGAAUAGUUGGCUGACUCAAUUCUUGUCUCAGGCAGGCAAAACUACUCUAGUUAAACAUGUGGGCCAAGCUUUGUCUUUGUACCAAAUGGCUACUUUUCUAAUUCUAAAGAGUUUGUGCUAUAAAAUUGACUCUCACCUUGAUAGAUAUUGGUGGGGAGAGGACACUAGGUUAAAGAAGAGAAAGAUGCACCGUUUAGCUUGGGUUAACAUCUGCAAGACAAAGAAAGAAGGGGGACUUGGCUUCAGAAUUAGUGAAAUUAAUAACCUAGCUAUGAUGGCUAGAAGUUUCUGGAGGCUUGUUGAGAACCCAACUUCUCUUCUAGCUCAAGUAUUGAAAGCUAAAUACUAUGCUAAAGGGGAAAUUCUCAAUUCCAUCUGCCCGCCUACCGCUUCGUGGGUUUGGAAAUGCCUCCAUAACACAAUGAGUAAGAUUAAACCAUUCAUUUCAUGGGUGGUUGGAGAAGGAAAUUUCAUUGAUCCUUGGUGUGACAAUUGGACCCCCGGUAUAGGAACAGCCACACCAAGAGCUAAUACUAUUCCUGACAAAAAUCUAAAGCUAAAGGACUUCAUAAGUCAAGAUACUAGAACUUGGGAUACAGAAAAAUUAACUGUUGUUUUUGAUCAACCUUCAAAAGAGAAGAUUAAACAGAUUCCCCUUUCUCUUGAUCCUUCUAUUGGAUCCCAUCUAAGGAUGGUAAUUUUUCUACUAAGUCUGCCUAUGCAGCUCUUAGUGUUGGUGGUGACACCAGUGACACUGACCUUUGGACUUCCAUUUGGAGACUUAAAGUACCUGCUAGAAUCAGUUAUUCGUCUGGAAAGCUUUGAAAUGAGCUCUACCAUGGACCCAACUUAUGGUACUCCAAAUGAUGGAGGGGCAACAUUGUUUGGGUACAAACACUCAUGGGCUACGAAGAUCUAUGUGACCAAGGAUCAUAACGAUGCAGUUCGUCUUAUUAAACGUCAAAAGGCGUCCACAUGGGAUCUUUCUUUGGAGUGUGACGAGUUUGUAGCCAAGGUUAAAGAAUGUGUGUUAUGGAGAUCUAUUGAGUUAGCACAUGUGGAAUUUGACACUGUUGCCGUAUCCGCAUUUCUCGAGAGGCAUUAUCCCGAGACAUAUACUAUGCAUCUUCCAUUCGGAGAGAUGGGAAUUACUCCCGAUGGUUACCAUAAUAUCGUCGGCUUACCACUGGAAGGUUAA